GACUGGGAAAGGUCACUGCACGGGCCGACACCCCGCAGGUCCCGCCCGCCGCCCCCGCGGGGGUCCCCUUGUCCCCGGGCGCCCGACCCCAGCGGGCCCGCCGAGGGGCGCCGCCGCGGCGGUGGGGGCGGGCGGGCGGCCGGGGCGACAGCUGGGGGGGCGGCCCUGACCUUCCCGCGCGAUCGAUGGGGCGCGGCUCGGGCGGCGCGGAGCCGGGGCGGCGCCGACCCCCGCCCGCCCCGCUCCCACUCCCGGGCGCCGCUAUAAAGGGGCCGCGGCCCGACGGCCGCUCAGCCCCCGCCCGGCGCCCACCAUGGCCACUCGGGCCCUGCUGCUGCUGCUACUGCUGCUGCCGCCGCCGCUGCUCCGGGGCUGCGCCGCGCGCCCCGCGCCCCCCAGGGCCCCGCGACACUCGGACGGGACUUUCACCAGCGAGCUCAGCCGCCUGCGGGAGAGCGCGCGGCUGCAGCGGCUGCUGCAGGGCCUGGUGGGGAAGCGCAGCGAGCAGGACACAGAGAACAGCACAGCCUGGACCAACUCUGCGGAGGGCCACCUCUGCCUGCUGUGGUCGGACGCGCCCACCCUGCAGGCCUGGAUGCCCCUGAGGCCCCCCGAGGAUCAGGCCUGGUCUCCCCAGAUGCCUCUUGGACUGAGGGCUGGGGUCAUGGUGUCAGAGCCGGCCAUCCCUGCUGCUGAGGGGACCCAGAGGAGGCCCUGAGGAAGAAGGAACCUCCCAAGGGGAGCCUGGA